GUUAAAAUUAUCGUAAAGAAAAAAAUAAUAUUUUGAAAGAAAACAGAAUAAAAACAACAACAAAAAUAAUUUAAACAGGUUCAAAUUUUUGCACAUCUUCGAAAGUGUGUGUUGUUUUUCCAAUUUGCUCUUCAUUUUUCAUUUUUGAUUUUUAUGUUAUUUAUUUGCGUUUUCGUUUUACACAAAAAAACCGCAGUUCAAAAUCGUAGUGUACAUUUCAUAGAAAAUAUUUAUUAGAAAAAAUUUGAAGAACUUUUAUUAAAUUUAUUUUUUAAAUUUAAGUUUUUCAAAUAGAAGAAAAAUAUUAAGAAUAAAAUUUAAAACAUUAAUUAACAUUUUACACCAAUUAUAAUUAAAAAUUAUAAAGGAUUUUUGUUGAAAAUUAGAAGAACAAAAUGUUGCGUUUUCUAGUUCUUUUAAUAUUCAGUACAUCCGCAGCAUUAGCACAACGACGGCUUGCUCUACCAGAUCCAAGAAGUUGCGCUAAUAGAGUCCGUCAUGCAACUUAUCGUGAUGCAAGAGGUGUAGCACAUUCAUAUUUUUUCAGUUGGGAACAUGGUCCAACAAGAUCACUUGAAGUAGAUUGGUUAGAUGCUAGAAAUAUUUGUCGUCGUCAUUGUAUGGAUGCCGUUUCAUUAGAGACACCACAAGAAAAUGAAUUUAUUAAGCAACGUAUUGCACGUGGUAAUGUACGUUAUAUAUGGACAUCGGGUCGUAAAUGUAAUUUUGCUGGUUGUGAUCGCCCCGAUUUACAACCACCAAAUGAAAAUGGUUGGUUUUGGUCUGGAUCAGGUGCUAAAAUUGGACCGACAAGCCAACGUAAUACUGGUGAUUGGAGUCAUACAGGUGGUUAUAAUUUACCACAGCCAGAUAAUCGUGAAGCAGCUCAAGGAAAUGAUGAAUCAUGUUUAUCAAUAUUAAAUAAUUUCUAUAAUGAUGGUUUAAAAUGGCAUGAUGUUGCAUGCCAUCAUUUAAAACCAUUUGUAUGCGAAGAUUCUGAUGAAUUACUCAGUUUUGUACGUUCUCGUAAUCCUGGAAUUCGUCUCUAAAAAUAAAAUUUAUUUUUCUUUUAAAUAUAAGAGAGGUCUUUCAAAAUUAAUAUAUAUUUUCUUCUUUAGUGAUUAAGUUUCGACUUAACGCAGAAAACAAAAAAAAUGCAAUGUACAAUAUUAUUGUUUAAUUUAUAUUAUAUAUAAAUUGAUUUUAGAAUUAUUUUUUUGUAUUUGUAUUUAUAUAUAUCUAAUAUUUUUUUUAAAAUUAUUUAUCAAAUUUAACUAUCCAUAAUAAUAAUUAAUGAAAAUUUCCAUAUAAUCACUGGUGCAAAUAUAAUUACAUAUGUAUGUACAUUUAAAUGUAUGACAAUAAGGAUAUAAAUUGGA